AUGACUCCAUCGUCGUCAGCGCCGCUAGUAGGAAUUCCUACGGCCGGUAAUUUCGCUUCCUUCCCUGGCCAAUUCCCGCCUCAGGGUUCAUCCGAUCUGCUAUCUCGAGGUGCCGAAUCAGUGGGUCAGUUGAAAGACCCUUAUCUGUCGCUGCAGAACUUGCAGAGAAAUAUGAAUCCCAUGGCUACUUUUCGCGGGCAUACCGCAGCGGCCAUGAACGCUCAGGCAGCCAUGUCGCCGCACGCGCAUGCCAUGGGCUUGUCGUCGCCGCAGCAGUCGAUAGACCGCAUGCAACAUGCGCAGUAUCAACACCGACAGACGACGCAUGCCCAUCCGGCGCAAACUCCCACGACGGCGUCGCCCAUGUUGGCUGCGGCUCAACCCCAGCAGCAGCAUCAGUACCAACAGCAACAGCCGCAGUACCAAUCGGCACAGCAGCAGGCGCAAUAUCAAGCAACGCAACAGGCGCAAUAUCAACCACAGCAGCAAGCCCAGUACCAGCAAGCCCAGCAGUCUCCCUACCAACAGGCUCAGGCCCAACCUCAGUAUCAAGCACAAGCGCAACAGUCGCCUUACCAGCAGCAAGUGCAGCAAACUUUCCAGCAACAGCAAGCUCAGCAGGCACAAGUCCAGCAACAAGCGCAGCAGUCUUAUCAGCAGCAUGCCCGGUACCAAUCGCAGCAGGCCCAGCGCUCGCCAUAUCAAUCACAGGCCCAGCAGCACCCGUUCCAACAAGCUUACCAGCAGCGCCAAUAUCAGCCGCAGCAGCAAGCCCAGUUUGCGCAACAAGCACAACAACACCAGCAACGGCCACCGCAGUCGACAACGCCGUCAACCAUGGGGGGAAGUGCAGAGCUCUCAGUCCAAGAGCCAGAAGCGGAAGAGACCAAAACCAAGCGACGUCCGAAGCAAGCCAAGGCGACUGUAUCUCCUGCGAUAUCAGCGAAACAAGUGAAUGGUCAACCACCAGCUGUAUACGCCACAGAUGCUCAGACUCAGGCUCAUGCCCAGGCACAAGCUCAAGCUCAGGCUCAGGCACAGGCACAGGCUCAGGCCCAAGCGCAGGCCAAGGCUCAAGCGCAAGCGCAGGCUCAGGCUCAGGCUCAGGCACAAGCUAAAGCGCAAGCGCAAGCUCAGGCACAGGCACAGGCACAGGCACAGGCACAGGCACAGGCUCAGGCUCAGGCUCAGGCCCAGCAACAGCACCAGCUCCAGCACCAGCUCCAGCAACCGCAGGCCCAGCAAACCCCGGGACAGCCUCAAGCUCCAUCACAGGUCAAACCCGCGUCGGCAGAAAAUACCGGGACUCCUAAAAAACGAGGUCGUCCCCGAAAAUCCUUAGUCCCAGGAGAAGAAGGCAAGACACCGAAGCCUAGAAAGACUCCAUCCAAAGCAGCAGCAGCCGCCGCCGCCGCACAAGGCAACAGUGCGACUCCGACCUCAGCUGCUAAAGCUCCAGCUCCAGCGCCGGCCAUGGCCAUGGCCCCAGGCGUACAUGGACAGGUUCAGGCUCCCCCUCCCGCUGCGCCUGGCACCGUACUUAGUGCAGACGGCACCAUAGUACCCCAAAAGAGACGCCGCGGUCGUCCGCGCAAGUCCGAAAUUGAUCCCAAUGCCCCGCCAAAGCCUAAGCCUCCCCGCAAACCAGCCUCAUCGAAACCAUCCGGUACAGGACGUCCUCGUGGCCGUCCUCGCAAGGCUGAUGCCAGCAACCUCCAACACCAAGCCAGGGUCAAGCUCAACCUCAAGCACAGCCCCAGCAGGCCCAUGUUCAACAUCAACAUCAACAUCAGCAUCAACACCAGCACCAACACCAGCACCAGCCGCAGCAUCAGCCGCAGCCCCAGGCUCAAUCGAAGGCUCAACCGAAGGCUCAACCUCAUUUGCAAGCUCAACCACAAAUGCAGGUGCAACCACAGAUACCAGCGCAAAAUCAUAUGCAAGCUCAGCCUCCGAUCCAAGCCCAAUCAACAAUGCAAGUUCAGCCCCAAUUGCAGGCCCACCACCACCAGCUCCAGAUGGCCCAUCAGCACCACGCACAGCACCAUCCGCAUCCACAGCAGCAUCCACACCAUCCCCUUUCACAUGCGCAUCAGCACCAGCACCCUCAAGUUCAGCAAGUUCAGCACACACAUCACGUGCAACAUGCGCACCAGCAUCCGCAUGUACAAGCGGAUCCAAUGGCCCUAA